AUGAUUAUGUUUAAACAAAAUUUAUUAUACAUUUGGUUAUAUACAGUUACUAUGAUUAUCUUUAUAUAUGGAUAUGAUGAUCCAUUCUAUAUGGAUAAUGAAUAUCCAACAUCACUAUCCCCACCACCACCACCACCAUCAUCAUCAUCAUCAUCAUCAUCAUUACUGAAAUCAAAGAAGACUAAUUCUAUUUUUCAAAAUUUACAUACAUUCUAUUGGAUAAAUGGAAUUGAUUCAAGGAAUCCUUAUAGAGGAUAUUAUAAAUCUUAUAUGAAUAAACGGAAAUAUUCACAUCAUCAUCAUCACCAUCGUCGUCGUCGUCGACGUCAUCAUCAAAAUCGUCAAUUUUUAUCAUUACAAACUGAUUUAUUUAAAUUACUUAAAGGUAAACGUAAAAUAAAUAAUGAUCAUGAUAUUGUAAUUGAUCGAUUAUUAAAUAAUGAAAUAUUUAAAUUAAGAGGUUGGAGACCACAACGUUAUGGAUAA